ACCAUUGGAGAGAUCUAUGAGAGAACAAGAGGUUAAUAGGCAGGGAAUAGGUCAACUUACACCAACUGCUUACUCCCUGAGAGCAGCUUGGUUUGGCAGCCACGUGUCCUACAACCUGCCUCCUUAUUUCUGCAACCUGCCUCCUCGGAAGAUGUCAACUUCGACAUUUGACUCCUGCAACAGAGGUGGACAAAUGUUAGCAAGUGAGAUGGUGUCGCAGUUUGUUGUGUCCGCCAAUAACACCUUUCACAACAUGCAAUUCAGGAGAAAAUGUGACAUCACAAACGACAUCAGGAUUUGCAAAAAGACUCCGGAACAGAACCCGCCGGAGAACAACACAUUGUCGACAACCAGAAAUAUAUUUACCUUUCAUUCAUGCCGGUUGAGCGUAAAUUUCAGAGGUGCAGACAUCGAUGCUCUGCUAGUUGUUCCUCGGUUUAUCACGAGAGAGCGCUUCGUGUCCGAAUUUCAGGCCCUUUCAUCGGAGGACGAUUCUGUGGAGGAUCUACACGCCGUCCCACACGCCUAUGUUCCCCUACUCAAACUGAAGUGCAUGAGUUUUGAGGUUGAUUUGCUGCUUGCACAAAUCGACUCCAUGCCAAUAAACCACUUCUUCACAAAGGCUUCAUCCGUGCCGUCCUCUGGACGUUUGCCAUACGCGCGACAAUUCACAUGCGCAAUCUUCACGCAGUGA